AUGCUGCCAUCGACAAGAGCUGGACAGACGGGAAGGGGCGAUGAUGAUCAAACGACCACAAGCAAUGGACAGGAGGAAGGAUGGCUCAUGCAGGUAGUCAGGAUCCUCCAGCUGGCGAACCCGGCACUAUCGGCAGAGGAAGCAAUAGUACGGGCCAUGGGUCUGGUCAACAUUAGCAACCAAGCUCCACGCGGGGAGACCGAAAAGAUCCCCAAGGACGUAUCAAGCUCCAUUGCUCACAUCAAGAAGCUCAGCGAUAGCAAUUGGCACACCUGGGAACCCACCUUUAUCGACUGCCUCCAGAGAGUGCACAACGCGAAGGAAAUCCUGUAUGGUACCGUUGUACCCAGGAGCGAGGAAUACAAUGAAGACCUAGACAAGGCACUCGUGGGCCUCAUCCACGCCUGCUGCGAUAACAGCCCGGAUAGCCGCAUCGACACCUACACCGUCAGAGGGGUGGAUGAAGAAGUUCAACUUGGUAGCACACUCUAUGCCAAACUCAAGAAGGCACUAACACUAAACGACGCUGUAAAGCGAGCAGGACUGCAGGAUCGUAUCCACACAGUGCGCUUGCACAAUCGAGACGUUGUCAGACUAGGCAAGGAACUUGAUUCGAUCUGGAACGAUGCAGCACGCCUCGGAAAGCGUUUCAACGAGGACCUCAAGAAAUCAACUCUCUAUCGCUGCAUGGCUCAAGAUUGGUUCUAUGCCAACACCGUCGAUGCACUGAAAACGGCCAGACCAGACUGCAAGUAUGACGAAGCCUACCAUGCACUGGCCAAGAAACAGCAGGAUGGUGAGAUCACUGGUCAUAUUAGAGGAGCAGCAAGGGUCGCCACAAACGCGGAACAGGGGAGUGCCAACCAGGCGGAGCAAGGACCCAGGGGGAGGCACGAUCCUCGCAAUCCCUUGGCCCCUCCAAAGUGCUAUGCUUGUGGAGGACCAAAUCACAUUGCUCGAAAUUGCACAAACGCACAAGGCACAAGCGAACCUGUCGCUCUCGACAGGGGCGAGCAAUCAGCAUGCGACACCUGGAUCAUCGAUUCAGGUGCAACCCAUCAUAUGGUAAAUGAUGAGAGAAUGCUGCUCACCUCAACGAACAAGGUCGGCCAAAUCAGUACGGCAGGGGAUGAAAAGCUUCAGGUGAAGGCUAUAGGAGAUGCCUCCCUUCGGGUCGGUGAGGCCACCAUCCAACUAUUGGAUGUGCUUUAUCAGAACGAUGGUACCCAAGUACAAUUCAAAAGGGACAGAAGACAGGGCCACUUCAAAGUGCGAGGACAAGCACUGGCUUUGGAACUGGAGGAAACACGAGAUGGCGUCCCAGAGGACAACCAGAACACAGGAAAACUAGAUAAUGCCCCAGAGGGCAAUAAGGACACGAAGCAUCGAGACAGCUACCUAUGGCAUGAGAGGUUCGGACACCCAGGACGAGACAAAACGAGACAAAUCCGGGCCCAUUACCUAGAGUCGGAAAGAAUGGAGGCACCAUUAGAGCUGGUACAUGUAGACCUGAUGACAGAUUUCAAAGGACAUGCCAACUACCACUAUGCACUAGUUGCUGUGGACGACUUCUCCUCUCUGAUCUAUGUGGAACCACUCUGCACAAAGAGUGCUGCACUCACGGCACUGAGAAGGUGGAUAGCCAGGAUGGAAUGGGCAACGGACAGGAAACUCAAAACACUCCGCAGCGACAAUGGAGGAGAAUGGUGCAGCAUAGCAGCCGAAGACUGGCAAACUCAAGAGGGUUUUAAGUGGCAAAAGAGCGUCCCGGGGAUCAGCGUCCAAAAUGGACGGGUGGAGAGAGCAAUCAGAUCGGUCCAAGAAAAGAUGCGCUCGAUGCUGAUUGGUCGAGCUUGCCCCAGAGAGUUGUGGCCGUACGCAAUCACAGCAGCAGCACAUGUGAUGAACCUUACCCCAUCAGCCACCAAAACCAUUCCCCACGAGGCCUUUUAUGGAACCACCGCGCACAAGCUGGCCCAGCAACUGCGAGUCUUCGGAUGCUUGGCAUGGGUUCAUGUUCAACAGAAGGACCAGCAAGGCAAGCACGGAGCUAGAGCAAAGCCAGCCAUCAUGAUUGGGUAUGAUGACGAACACAAAGCAUGGAAGUUUUGCAACCCGGACCAGCCUGUGUCAAUUCAAUGGAGCAACUCAGCAACGUUCCAUGAGGACAAAGGAUGGAGUGAUCGCCAACAAGAGGCAGUCAGGCCCGUGGUGACCGUGGAGGUCGAGGAGGAGGGUGUCACGCCAGCCAUAGUAGAGGAGGAGACCAGAUCAGAGACCGCAGUGGAGGAUCUCCUACCAGCUGUAGACAGCACAGUGGGUGCCGCCAACACAGCAAUACUGAACCUGGACCCAACGCUUGGGGAAGCAAUGAAUGGUGAGGACACCCAGCUCUGGAAGGAGGCAAUACGAAAGGAGCUAGAAGGACUUGAGGCAAUGGGGACUUGGGAGGUGGUGCACCAACCACCAGGAGUACCACUUGUGGACUCUAAGGUUGUGCUUCAGCUGAAGCUUGACGCUGAUGGUGUACCUGUUAAGCACAAAGCGCGACUGGUUGCAAGGGGCUUCACACAGAGAGAGGGGAUCGACUACCAAGAAACCUUCUCUCCAGUAGCACCCCUCGGAGCGAUCAGAGCCAUCUUAGCACUAGCAGUGCAGAACAACUGGGAGGUACAUGCUCUGGACAUCACUAUGGCUUACUUGAACUCCACGUUAAAGGAAGCAAUCUACAUGAAGCCACCAGAAGGAUCAGGAGUAGCACCUGGCAAGGUGUACAAGGUAGUCAAGGGCCUAUAUGGCCUAAAGCAGUCUGGGCAAGAAUGGAAUCAGGAGUUCGACAGGUCUUUGCGAUGCAUGGGAUUCUUCCAGGUAGAGUGCACUCCCUGCAUCUACACCAAGGGACAGGGUGAAGAUAUGGCCAUUGUGGUCAUCUACGUCGAUGAUACAUUAGUCAUAGCACCACGGCUGGAAAUGGUCCUAAAGGUUAAGAAGCAGAUUGGUCAGAGAUGGAAGAUGGAAGAUAGUGGUGAGGUCUCUCACUUCUUGGGCAUCAAAAUCAGUCGAGACUGUGCGAUGCGCACCAUGACGAUUGGUCAGUCAGGGUACAUCGACCAAGUGCUGGCAAAGCACCUGGACAAACGCACGAAGCCGACCAUGGUUCCAAUGCAGAGCAUACCGGAGGGAACCCUUGUCGCAAGCGCAGCACAACAGAAGGAGUAUCCGGUGAUUGUUGGCAAGCUGCUCUGGGUUGCCAACAGCACCCGGCCCGACCUUAGUCUCACCAUGGGUGUUCUCGCUAGGCACAUGCGUGAACCAUCACAGGAGCAUUAUCAGGCAGCACAAAGGGUCUUACGCUACCUCGAAAGCACAAGGCAGGUUGGAUUGGUUUAUAGGGCAAGUGAGUCGCAAGAGCCACUGGUUGCACACAGCGAUGCAAACUGGGCAAGCGAUGCCACCAUACAGAGAAGAAGCACAUCGGGGUCAGUGGCGUUAGUGUACAGGAACCCAGUAGCCUGGAAGUCAGCGACACAAAAAUGCGUGUCAUUGUCUGCUGUCGAGGCAGAGUUCAUUGCAGCCACAGAAGCAACACAUGAGGUGCUCUUCCUCAAGCAGCUGCUACGCUCAAUUGGCAUUGCCACAGGCACACCGACGGUCUACUCAGACAACACUGGUUGCAUACAGGUUAGUAAGGACCCAGCACAGCACUGGAAGCUUAAGCACAUCGACACCAAGUAUCACUUCGUCUGUAACAAUGUACAAGAGGGAAGGGUGCAGAUCAAGUACGUAGACACCACAAGAAACUUGGCAGACGUACUCACGAAGCCCAUUGGGAGGCAGGCAAUGCAGCAAGCAAGAUCUGGGCUACACCUGCAAAUACUGGCAGCAGUGUACGAAACGGGGUCGCCGAGCUAUGCGACAGUGUUGAAGAACGGAGGUCACACCUUGAAACAACAGCAUAAUGAACAGGGUACAUAUGCUGUUGAGGGGGGGAGUUGA